CAGCGACCCACCGACCUGCUCCCCGUUUUGCAACCUGUCGGGAUAGCGCUGGGAUGUCUCGUGGUCUUAACUCUAUUGAAGUCAUGGAUGAAUGGCAAAACUAGGCGAUUGUUGCUUCCACUCCCACCGGGACCCAAUGCGCGAUGGUUCUCCCCAGGGGGUCGUCUUCCGUUCAAAUUCGCACAGCUGACAGAAACGUAUGGACCCGUCUUCUCAUUCAAGCAGGGCACGCGCAUCGUCUGUGUCGUGGGGAGGUACCAGGCGGCGAUCGACAUCAUGCAGAAACACGGUGCCUACCUGGCAGACCGCCCCAGGUCUAUUGCUGCGGGUGAACUGUUCUCUGGUGACAAGCGAAUUCUGCUUGUGGGAGCGGGUGACCGGCUCCGGAAACUACGAAAGGCUCUGCACUCGCAUUUGCAGCCUUCUAUCGCCGUGAAAUAUAGACCAAUGCAAGCAAUACACGCGACGAACGUUCUUUUGGACAUACUACGAGAUCCGGAGCACCACGUCGACCAUGCGCGGAGAUAUGCUGCGAGUGUAGUUAUGGACAUGACGUAUGGCAAGACAGAACCCACCUACUACACAGAUCCUGAGGUGCAAAAAAUGAUCACAUAUGCAGCCCGGUUCGGCAGCGUAGUUCGCUUAGACUCUCAUAUAGUCGACAGAUUCCCUAUUUUUAAGCACGUACCUUUUGUCACGUCCACUCUUCGCCAAUGGCACAAAGAAGAGCUUGGCCUCUUCUCCAGUCUUGUGGAUGGUGCACGAGCCCGGCUAAAGGACGGCGGUCCCCCGUCGUUCGCUACAUAUCUGAUAGACCAGCAGCAAGAGCUCGACUUGUCGGAUGCUGAGGUCGCCUAUCUCGCAGGAUCCAUGUUCGGAGCAGGCUCAGACACAAGCGCCAAUGCUAUUGCAUUUAUGAUCAUGGCGGCGGCUACUCACCCCAAGGCUCAGGCAGAAGUUCAGGCACAGGUAGACAGCGUGAUUGGCAGGGAUAGGCUGCCGACAUUCGAUGACGAGGGCCUUCUUCCAUUCGUGACUGCGUUCUAUCUCGAGGUCUAUCGAUGGCGUCCGGUCACUUAUGGAGGCUUCGCCCAUCGUGCCACAGCUGAUAUACGAUGGGGCAAUUAUGUGAUCCCUGCGGGUGCAACUGUCAUCGGAAAUCAGUGGGCCAUCGCGCGCGAUCCGGACGUCUUCCCAGACCCAGAAGAGUUUAGACCCAGCAGGUGGCUUGACGAAUCCGGCAGGCUCAGGGAAGACAUCAGCUCUUUCAAUUUUGGCUUCGGCCGACGGGUAUGUGUUGGACAACAUGUGGCGAACAACUCCCUGUUCAUGAACACGGCGCUCAUCCUUUGGGCAUUCGACAUCAAAGAAGAUUCCGCCCAGCCGAUUGACACGAUGGGCUUCACAGACGCCGCAAACGUGCAUGUUCGGCCGUUUAAGGCGGUCUUCACCCCGCGGAUCCCCAGGUUGAGGGAGGUCGUAGAGUCGUGCAUGGACUGAUAUGGUCUUCGGAUGAACGAGACACGAACAUGUAUUCUACUCAGUAUGUGCACCGAAAACAUGGCCGUCCGAUUCGCACUUGCAGAGUCGAGACAGCCGGG